AUGGAAUUUUUUGUCCCUACGUAUGAAUGUCUUCUCCAGAAAAUAGUGCCCGUCCUCACCAACUCCAAUAUAAAUGUCUUCCUAAAAUGCGCCGUAGGUUCAUUGCGUUCGUUACUCAUUCUCACCAAUCAAGAUAUUAAGUUUGCUGAACGAGAUCUCAGUUUUGCCUUCAGCAACCAAAGUGAAGCUGUAUACAGUACCAGGAAUCUCCGGAUCUUAUUCACCAACAAGCAGUUUACCUGUAUUUCACUGGCCGCAGCUAUACGCGAUGUUGGUGACUACGAUAAUCAAGUUCAACUUGUGGAGUUACUCUUGCGAGUUAUCCCCGCCGUUAAACGCCCUGAAUUCGCGCGGUGUUACGUUUGCCCCAAUUCCGAAUAUUUAGCUCAGCAGUUUUGCUUGUUAAUUGGCCAGCAGUUCGAACCCGAUUCACCGGGCGAGCAGACGUGGGAGACAUUGCAUCUUUUCCCGGAGGCUAUAAGUGAAGUCAACUUGAGCUAUCCGAACGAAGCUGGCCUUGCUGACGAAUUUUACUUGCACAUCGAAACUACUACACCCAUCAAGGAAUUGUUUGACUGGGCUCCGUCAGAAAGCGGGACGACUAUCGUCUUCACCAUUACUGGCGAGGCCGUUUUGUCUUCUCUUCCUCCAGCCGAAGAAUUAGCCAAUCUCUUUGCAGACACCCCCACGAAUGGCCAGACGCAACUGCUGGAGCUUCUCCGUGCUCUCAUGCAAUACGCAGGGAGCAAGAAUCUCAGUUCCGCACUAGAUACAUCUGGUACGCGUCAUCAGGCUUGCUGUAAAUCACCGGUGCUCCUGGAAAUUGCGCAGCCCCGCCCGAAGUCGUUCUUCCGAGAUCAGGAGGUGUCUUUUGAAGAGUCAGCCGAGGGUCUUGGCAGCUACCUGACCCCAGGUCCCAGCUCCGCUCUCAAGCACUUGAUGCCAGCCGCAAUCGUCAGUACACCUUUGCCGAUAACCUUGGCUACUACAACUCCCAAACAGGGGAGCCAACCUCCUCGAAGUCAAAAGGCAUCAGAAUUUGCUCUAGCGGACGAUGAGGACCUUGCAGCCAGCGCUGACAUGGAGGGAAGUAAGGACGUGCGUUUGACGCAUUCGAGGAACAACAGCAGUGCCAAAAAGGAAGCCCUGACUAAAGGUGCUCAAAAAUCGUCAAAAGAAUUGGCUGAAUUAGUGCAGGCCUUUUCAGACUCACUGGCACCCGUUCAUGAAGCCGCAAACGAAGCUCUUGCCAGCCAGCUGAGUGCUGUUUCAGACUCUCAGGAGGAGGGCAUUGGGAGUAGCAGCACAAAGGCAACCAGGAAGCAGAAGCCAAAGGCAACGACUAGUUCUCAGCGAAAGAGAGGCCGUCCGAGGACCCAGAAGAAGACUUCUGUUGACCAAGACAAGUUACCAGAAGAACAACCCGAAAGUACUGUCAGCUCAAUGCCGCAAGCUAAAGAAGCUAUCCCCGAAAUGGAUGAGACAGUCUCUUCUCUCCUUAAGUACUUCGUUAGCAUUGACUCGAGAAACCUAGGUCUUCAAGCAAUGGACUGGGAAGGCAUUGGGCAACCGGAACUCGAGGGGUCCGCCAAAAUCGCAAAGAAUGCAGCAGAGGCAGUCGAAAUCGGAGGGGAAGGGGAAUCCCGCAAAAGUGAUCCGCCUGCUUCGCCCUGUGGACAGGACAUUUUUGAACUUUCUCUGACUCCGCCGGACCAGCCCGUGCUAGAAGAAAAGAACUCCCCGGUUACGGAAGCUCCGCAACCUCUGGAAUUAGCUUUAACAGAGAAGGAUCUCGAGGAUUUAUCACCAGAAAGGAUGCGGGGAGCACAAGUUGACCCGUUAAGCUGCCUAAUACCAACAAUUCCGUCUGCUUACCUUGCUUCUCCUGUUUGCGAGCCCGAAAUUGUCGGCGUAUCAAUAAAAGCGGCUGAUGACUCUUCAAAAAGCCCUCAAGGUACAGUUGUUUUUGCUUUUACCGAAAUAUUUAUUAGGAACCCCUACUACGCUCUCUGUUGCCUUCUCAGCCAAAUUAGCAAUUUUUUGUCCAGGGCAACAAUAUUUCAGGCAGUCCUUAGUAACUUCGAGAAAACUGUAUUUUAA